UAAAGUUUGUCUUUAGCUAUGCAAGACUAUUACGACUGAGGCGCACCGUCAAUGUAUAAUAUUCAUAUUCUCGAAGAAAUCUCUCUCGAAUGUUAAGACACGUUUUUUUAUUCUCCUUCUUCUCUUAGCACAAGCGGAAUACGCACCGCCAGCCCGCUUCCUACUUAGUUAUUCAUGAUUUUCAAGACAUCGCCAGCAUCCGGGGGCAAGGGAGGUCCUAGGCAUCUCGCAGCCCUCGUCCUCCUCCUGCUCCUCGCGCAACCAGUCUCAUCCAUGACGAUAACGCGAGCGACAACAACGCCACGUGCCGAACCCCAGUUCACAGAUACCCCAACCUUCACCUCGGCGAUCCUGAACAGCACCAACGUCUACCGCAAAGCGCACAACGCAUCGGCGCUGACGUGGAACGCCACCCUCGCCUCGUACGCAAGAUCGUACUUGUCCAAGGCCCCCUGCAAGAUGGAGCACUCGGGGGGUCCGUUCGGCGAGAAUCUGGCCGUGGGAUGCAGGAACGCGACAGCGGCGGUCGAGGCCUGGGGCGAUGAGCGGAAAUGGUACAACUACGAACGGCCGGGGUACAGCGCGAAAACUGGACACUUCACGCAGCUCGUGUGGAAGGCUACUAGGUCCGUGGGGUGCGACCGGAGCCUAUGCGGGGAGAAAGGGUGGCAUCUGGUGUGCGAGUAUUGGCCGCCGGGGAACGUCUUGGGCGCCUUCAAGAACGAGGUCGAUAGGCCGAAGAACGACUCUAGGCGUGAUCAUCUGGGUUGGUUUGGCUUUUUACCCGUAGGUAUCUUUCUUUGUUUGUUAUUCCCGUGAGUGUGAUUAUGAUGAUACUAAAUGGUUGGGCUUGUAGCGUAUUUAGUAUGGGAGUUCCUUGCGCUGGAUCGCGAGAUGGAAGUUUUACAAAGGAUACGCGGGAAUACCCAUUGGAAAGAAAUGCUCGAUAGCUUGUUUGAUGUUCGAGUUUGGGGUUUAUCAAUUGCGGCAACGAUUCAUCAUGGUUAUACACGACCUAUCGUGUAAAUCUCCUAUCACUCAUUACCUAGCAUAGAAUCUCUAUGAUACAAACUUGCGCGUUGCCGCAAUUCAGUCACUAGUUAGAUUAGGAAUUGGAUUUGGAUACCCAAUUGACAUUAUGCUUAGAGGUUAUAGAAAAGUCUAUCAUACCAUGUUUAACUAA